AUGAUCGACGAUUACGAGCGGUCGGGGGAAAGGGAAGAAGAGGCCGCGAUGUUGCCGUGGUGGCCGGUUAAUUAUUAGGAACGUCGCGAUAAUUCGUCGCGUAAUUUUAGCGAUGAUGAUAUCAACGGCAUCAACGACAAACAACGCGCAAGUUGAACGCUUGGCGUACCUUGAAACACGGGCAACCCUCGGAUCACGAUCUAAUUCACUUCGAUAGCUUAUCGGCUAUUGGAUCACGGAUAUUUUUAUCUCUCGUUGGAUUAACGGCUCGCGAUAUCGCAGCGAAACGCGAGAAGUGAUAACGUUUGAUGGAAUCGUAUCGUUAUACCAUGUUUCUCUCUCUCUCGUUCGCGUGUAUUUUUUCCUGUUGUCUCGCUGUUGCGCAAUGCUCUCUCUCCUUUCCCACCGAUACGGAGAGCGUCGUUGUCUUUCGCGUGCAGGAUAAUCCGCGAUCGGCGAAUUUCCUUUUCCCUCGAAGGGCGGAGAAUCGCGUUCCGCGGACGAGAAACGAGACCCGAUCGAUUUUCCCGACUGUUUCGUUAUCUCUAUUCGCACCUGGCAAACUAGCUCGGGUUUUACUGUGUGUCGCAACGCUAGUCGCUCGUCUUUCUUACCUAAACUCGUACGUAUAUACCUGUGUAGAGCAUUUGUUGCAUUAUAUAUCGGUCAUUGCUUUCGCUUUUGUUUUAUGAUUUUUGCCGAUUUUGCAUAAUACCAAGUGAGCGAAGUAAGCUCUUUCUUUCUCAAGGUUCACACCACGUUAGACCACUGCCAUUUAUAAAAUCGUAUGAAUUUUGUCGUGCAUUUUCACAAAAUGGUGCGUACGCGUGAAACAGAAUUUCAAUGUGCGAUGCAACCAAAUUGCAAUUUUUCGCUGAUCGAGCUUUCAAUUUCUCUCGUUGCAGCUUGUCUCGCUGGACGGGCUGCACAGCGGAGUGCCGACGAGGACGACGCCGACGUUGACGCCGACGACGCUGCGGAGUAUCGAGCAGACGUUCCUCGAGCUGACCAGCGAGUCAGGAUCGCACAGCCGCGAGGCAGGUUUCGUGCCACCGUUGGUGGAACCUUCGCAACCGACGCCGGCACAGACGCAAAACACGGCGGCGCCGCACCACGUCGUUACCACCACCGUCGCCGCCCCCGUGGCAGCCAACACCAUCCUUGUGGACAGCCAGCAGACAACACAGCCGCAACAGCAGCAGCCAACCAGACGCAACAUGGGUGGCAGAAGGCCCACCAGGACGAUCGGGAUGACUCCGGAAGAGGAGGAACGAAGACAGAUACGCAGAGAGAGAAACAAGAUGGCAGCAGCUAGAUGUCGCAAGCGAAGGAUGGAUCACACCAAUGCCCUGUUAGAAGAGACUGAGGGUUUGGAGCAGAAGAAGCAGAGCUUGCAGGAGGAGAUCCAACAGCUACAGCAGGCCAAAGACGAGCUGGAAUUCAUUCUCGAAGCGCACAGAGCUGUCUGUCGACUUCGUUCCGCCUCGCCGCCGGACGUGAAGCCCGUGAUAAAGCCCGAGCUUCCGGCGGAGAAUCAUUUCGUAGUGGCGGCGGCGGUCGCGGCUGCUGCAGCCACCGUGGCCGACGACGGGAAACGCGACUCGCCGGUGAACAUCGCAACGAGACCAAACCGGCCGAACUCGUUGCCGGUUGGCUUCGACAACAACAAUCGGCCCAACUCCCUGUCGAUUUUCAACGAGCCGAAAGACAGGCCGGACACGCUCACGUUCAAAACGGUGGAAACACCCGCGUUCAUGAAACCGUCGAUGGACGUGGCAGGGAUGCCGAUCACCACGCCAACCAGUGGCAUACCGUUCAACUUCGAGUCGUUGAUGGAAGGUGGAACCGGGCUCACGCCAGUCUCCACGCCGUUGAUACCUUCCUGCUCGACGCAGCAGAGAAACAAUCUGUCGGCCGUCGAUCUCAGCUCGCCGGAUGCGAAUCCGCCGAAGCUAGUGAGCUUGUGACGCCAAGACGACCUCGAGUACGGAUCGAACGAGGAUGAUCCCGAAUGAGAUGACGUCCGCCACCGUUUCAUAUGACAUUGAUACCGUGCGUGGUAUACCAGGAGACACCAUGACCUGACCGCCGCGAUGAGUAAUUAACGAAUUUAACGGGAAGGCAAACUCGUUGAAUCAAUUUUCUUUUUUUUUUUUUUU